UAGUUUUCACCCUAGCAUAGCUGCCUAAUAGAUUUUUUCCCCCUUUUCCUUUAUCCACUCACAUCCCUUCUCUUCCCUCCCCCUCCCCAGCCAAGAUCCCAGUGAGUGGGCAUGUGGUGGAGUCUGGAAGUGGAAGGAGCUUAGUCCACGCCCUCAUCUUCUCUUUUCCUCGGGCCCACCGACUACAAGCUGCUAUCAUUCUCCUCUCCCGCCUUUCCCUCCUCCUGUGCGUCUAGCAGCAGCAGCAGCGGCAGCAGCAACGGCAGCUGCGAAGGGAGAAGGACGCCUGGUUCUCGGGCCUCCAGGCUGAUCUGCAGCGCAAACGGCGGCGGCGGCGGAGGCAGAAAGAAGCACACAGUGGACUGCGCCGCUCUCGGCUCUCUCCAUCUCUUUCCAAAGCGUGCGGUAGCGCGCGCGGUCACACACACACACACACACACACACACACGCACACACACACACACAGACACACAGACACACACACACACACACACAUAUCCAGUUUAGCUCCUUCCAGUGAGCACUCCCCAUUCACAAUUGCAUAGCAGCAGGAGCAGCGGCGGCGGCGGCGGCAGCGGCGGAGGCAGCGGCGGCAGGGCAGAGCCUGCUGUAGCCCUAGCCUUUUCACUUACUUUUUUCCUCCCUCCCUCUAGCAACGCUGUAUUGAGAGUUACAGACCUCAGUUUCUUUUUUGUUUUUUUUCCCUUCUGAAUCUUGUUCAUUUUCUUUUGGAAAAGGGAAAAACGUGCGAGAAAGGUUGCAUAGAAAAAAAAAACCCAAAACAAACCCUAAGUCAAGCCCGCCUGCAAAAAAUGUUGCAUUGUCACAUUCUUAUUAUGGAAGUUAAGUAAAAAACAAAAUCAAAACAAAAAACCAAAACCAAACCACAACAGCAAAACUGGACCUGGAACUAAUGUGGAUGAGAAAGAAAGAGGGUGGGAAGAAAAGAAGCUGUCAAGUCCAUGGUUUUUCGGCAAUGUGAUGGGAAGUUUUUGGAACAAUUUCUAGGAAUUAGGUCCCUUUCUUCCAUUUUCUUCUUGGCUUCUGAAGAAAGAACUUGGCUUUGGAUUGAAUGGAUUCUAAGAACUGCGUUUUAGAUACACUUGGAUAAUUCCUCUACCUGAGGUGGAAUGGUGGGAAUUUAGGAAGCAAAGUGUGGAAAUCUAGCAGCCUUUGGAAUUCCUUCUGUUUAUGUGGAUGCAUCUAAAUGUGCCCUAUUCAAGACCUUACCAACAUCUUUUGAUCUUGAGAUUUGCCCUUUACUUUAAUUAGCUUCUAGGAAAGUCUAAACUUAAGACCUACCUCUUUUCUAAAAGGAUACUAAUUUUUCUACUUUUGCUUUCUGGGAUUGGUAUUUUAAGCAAUCUGGAUCAUUUUUAAUAUGUCAGAAUGUGUCUGCUAAUGUUUACACAACUCCUCCUCUGUGGAUUUGUAUAUUUUCAGGUUUAUGGAUCACGUCUUCGCCAGGAAGAUUUUCCUCCCAGGAUUGUUGAACAUCCUUCAGAUGUUAUUGUCUCUAAAGGAGAGCCCACAACUUUAAACUGCAAAGCUGAAGGCAGGCCAACUCCCACUAUAGAGUGGUAUAGAGAUGGUGAGAGGGUGGAAACUGACAAAGAUGAUCCCCGGUCCCACCGCAUGCUGCUGCCCAGUGGAUCUUUAUUUUUCUUGCGUAUUGUGCAUGGACGUAGAAGCAAGCCUGAUGAAGGAAACUAUGUGUGUGUGGCAAGGAACUAUCUUGGUGAGGCAAUGAGUCGCAAUGCAUCUCUGGAAGUGGCAUUAUUAAGAGAUGACUUCCGGCAAAAUCCAACAGAUGUUGUUGUGGCAGCCGGAGAGCCUGCCAUCUUGGAAUGCCAGCCUCCCCGAGGACAUCCAGAGCCCACCAUCUAUUGGAAGAAAGACAAAGUUCGAAUUGAUGACAGAGAAGAGAGAAUAAGUAUCCGUGGUGGAAAACUGAUGAUUUCAAAUACUAGAAAGAGUGACGCAGGCAUGUAUACCUGUGUUGGCACAAAUAUGGUGGGAGAAAGAGACAGUGAUCCAGCAGAACUGACCGUCUUUGAGCGACCCACUUUCCUCAGACGACCAAUUAACCAAGUGAUACUGGAAGAAGAAGCUGUUGAAUUUCGGUGUCAGGUCCAGGGAGAUCCUCAACCAACUGUAAGAUGGAAGAAGGAUGAUACAGACUUACCAAGAGGAAGAUUUGACAUCAAAGAUGAUUACACAUUGAGGAUUAAAAAGGCCAUGAGCUCAGAUGAGGGCUCCUAUACAUGUGUUGCGGAGAAUCGGGUUGGAAGAGUGGAAGCAUCGGCUACUCUCACUGUUAGAGCUCGUCCUGUUGCUCCUCCACAGUUUGUGGUUAGGCCAAGAGAUCAGAUUGUAGCUCAAGGUCGAACAGUUACAUUUCCCUGUGAAACUAAAGGAAAUCCUCAGCCAGCUGUUUUUUGGCAGAAAGAAGGCAGCCAGAACCUGCUUUUCCCAAACCAGCCUCUACAACCCAGCAGCAGAUGUUCAGUGUCACCAACUGGGGAUCUUACUAUUACAAACAUUCAGAGGUCUGAUGCAGGCUACUAUAUUUGUCAGGCCUUAACUGUCGCAGGAAGUAUUUUAGCAAAGGCCCAGCUGGAAGUUACUGAUGUUUUGACAGAUAGGCCUCCACCUAUAAUUCUACAAGGCCCGGCCAACCAGACAUUAGCAGUAGAUGGUACAGCCCUGCUGAAAUGUAAAACCACGGGUGAUCCUCUUCCUGUUAUUAGCUGGUUAAAGGAAGGAUUCACUUUUCUGGGUAGAGAUCCAAGAACAUCUUUACAAGAACAAGGAACGCUGCAGAUUAAGAAUUUACGUGUUUCUGAUACUGGCACUUACACAUGUGUGGCUACAAGUUCAAGUGGAGAGACAUCAUGGAGUGCUGUGUUAGAUGUAACUGAAUCUGGAGCAACAAUCAGUAAAAAUUAUGAUUUAAAUGAUCUGCCUGGAUCACCAUCCAAACCUCAGGUCACUGAUGUCAGUAAGAACAGUGUCACCUUGUCCUGGCAACCAGGCAGCCCUGGAAGCCUACCAGCUAAUGCAUAUAUCAUUGAGGCCUUUAGCCAAUCAGUGAGCAACAGCUGGCAAACUGUGGCAAACCAUGUCAAGACGACGCUGCACACUGUAAGAGGACUGCGGCCGAAUACAAUCUACUUGUUCAUGGUGAGAGCUAUCAACUCUCACGGUCUUAGUGACCCUAGCCCCAUGUCUGAUCCUGUGCGCACACAAGAUAUAAGCCCACCAGCACAAGGAGUAGACCACAGACAAGUGCAGAAAGAACUGGGGGAUGUCAUCGUACGUCUUCAUAACCCUGUUGUGUUGACUCCUACCACAGUUCAAGUUACAUGGACAGUUGAUCGUCAGCCCCAAUUUAUACAAGGCUAUCGAGUCUUAUAUCGCCAGACAUCAGGCCUCCAAUCUCCAUCAAUGUGGCAAACCGUAGAUGCUAAAGUGCCUACAGAACGCAGUGCUGUUCUAGUUAAUCUGAAAAAAGGUGUGACUUACGAAAUUAAAGUUCGGCCAUAUUUUAAUGAAUUUCAAGGAAUGGACAGUGAAUCAAAGUCAGCUCGUACUACUGAAGAAGCUCCAAGUGCUCCUCCACAAUCUGUCACAGUGUUGACAGUUGGAAACCACAACAGCACGAGUAUCAGUGUUUCCUGGGACCCUCCUCCUCCAGAUCAUCAAAAUGGAAUUAUCCAGGAAUAUAAGAUCUGGUGUUUGGGAAAUGAAACUCGGUUUCAUAUCAAUAAAACUGUGGAUGCAUCAAUUCGAUCUGUAGUGAUUGGUGGAUUAUUCCCAGGCAUUCAGUAUCAGGUAGAGGUUGCAGCAAGCACCAGUGCAGGAAUUGGUGUGAAAAGUGAUCCACAGCCCAUCAUUAUUGGGGGACGUAAUGAAGUUGUCAUCACUGAAAAUAACAACAGUAUAACUGAGCAAAUAACAGAUGUCGUGAAGCAGCCAGCCUUUAUAGCUGGUAUUGGAGGUGCAUGCUGGGUAAUUCUGAUGGGUUUCAGCAUCUGGUUGUAUUGGCGCAGAAAGAAGAGAAAGGGACUCAGCAAUUAUGCUGUCACUUUUCAAAGAGGCGAUGCAGGACUAAUGAGCAAUGGAAGCCGACCAGGGUUAUUAGAUGCCAGUGACCCCAGUUACCCUUGGCUUGCAGACUCAUGGCCAGCUACCAGUUUGCCUGUGAACAAUAGCAGUAGUGGGCCAAAUGACAUUGGAAAUUUUGGUCGUGGAGAUGUGCUGCCACCAGUGCCAGGUCAAGGAGAUAAAACAGCUACUAUGCUUUCUGAUGGAGCCAUUUAUAGCAGCAUUGACUUCACCACCAAAACGACUUAUAAUAGUUCAAGCCAAAUAACACAAGCUACACCAUAUGCCACCACACAGAUCCUACACUCCAACAGCAUUCAUGAAUUGGCUGUUGAUCUGCCUGAUCCUCAGUGGAAAAGUUCAAUUCAGCAGAAAACAGACUUGAUUGGAUUUGGUUAUUCUCUUCCGGAUCAAAACAAAGGUAACAAUGGUGGGAAAGGUGGAAAGAAGAAGAAAAAUAAAAACUCUUCUAAACCCCAGAAAAACAAUGGAUCGAGCUGGGCUAAUGUCCCACUACCUCCUCCUCCAGUUCAGCCCCUCCCUGGCACAGAGCUAGAACACUAUGCAGCAGAUCAGCAGGAAGCUGGCUAUGACAGUGAUGGCUGGUGUCCACCAUUACCAGUUCAAACAUAUUUACACCAAGGCAUGGAGGAUGAGCUGGAGGAAGAUGAUGACCGAGUCCCAACACCUCCUGUUCGAGGAGUGGCCUCUUCACCUGCCAUCUCAUUUGGACAACAGUCUACUGCAACUCUAACACCCUCCCCACGUGAAGAGAUGCAACCCAUGCUUCAGGCUCACCUUGAUGAGCUGACCAGAGCCUAUCAGUUUGACAUAACAAAGCAAACAUGGCACAUGCAAAGCAAUACCCAACCUCCUCAGCCCCCAGUUCCACCAUUAGGUUAUGUUUCUGGAACCCUGAUUUCAGAUUUGGAAACAGAUAUUCCAGAUGAUGAUGAUGAUGAUGACGAUGAUGAUGAGGAGGAGGAGGAGGAGGAGGAAGAAGCAUUAGAAAUUACUAGGCCCCUGAGAGGUCACGAGCAGACUCCAGGAUCCAGUAUGGACAAUCUAGACAGUUCUGUGACAGGUUCAAUGGUAAAUGGAUGGGGUUCUGCAUCUGAUGAGGAUCGUAACUUUUCUAGUCAUAGAUCUAGUGUAGGUAGCUCCUCAGAUGACUCCAUCUUGACCAGCGGCAGCUUUGCACAAGCACUGGUUGCAGCAGCAGAUAAAGCUGGUUUUAGGCUGGAUGGAACUAGCCUGACAAAAACAGGCAAAGCAUUCUCUUCUCAAAGGCCUCGACCAACCAGUCCCUUUUCUACUGACAAUAACACCAGUACAGCACUGAAUCAGAGUCAGAGGCCUAGGCCUACUAAAAAACACAAGGGAAGUAAAUUGGACCAACCCCCAUUGCCUCAUCGCAGGGAGGGAAUGACAGAUGAUCUUCCACCACCACCAGAUCCCCCACCAGUUCAGGGUGUAAGGCACCAAAUAGGCCCUGGCCAACAUGGUGGUAACAUGGAAAAUUCUGCAGAGAGAAAAGGAAGCUCUCUGGAGAGGCAACAUGCAUCUCCCAUAGAUGAAACAAAGAAUUCAUUGGAUCUACACGCUAGAACCUCACUAGAGUGGCAGCGAGAAACGCAGGAAUGGAUAAGCUCCACAGAACAUCAAGAAGAUUUAAGGAGAGUCCCACACAAACAAGCAUUUGGAUCAGAGGAGGCACUGGUACCCUACAGUAAGCCCAGCUUCCCAUCACCAGGUGGACAUAGCUCGUCAGGAACAGCUUCUUCAAAAGGAUCAACUGGACCCCGAAAAGGUGAAGUCUUGCGGGGAAGUCACCAGUGCAAUGCCAGUGACCUUCUUGACAUAGGCUACGUGGGAUCCAAUAGUCAAGGACAGUUUACAGGUGAAUUAUUUGAAAAGAGAAAUGCAAAGCUGCUCUGAAGGACCAUCAGGUCUGAACUCAUGGAAGUGAGGACACUAAACAGUGCAAUGAACAAUUUCUUUAUUUAUGUACUAUUAAAAGAACUGUAAAUGCAAUGUAAAGACACACAGCCACACAUAUCCCACAGAUAUUUUACUUGUAUUCUCUUAAAGACACCAUCCACCUUAACUAUUUCUUGUCAGGAGUAUAUAGAAAAGAAAGAAAAAAAUCACCCUCCAGGAUGAAAAGGAUUUUCCUCUGUAUAUAAUUUCUUUUGUUGCAUUGCUAUGCAAGCUCACUCUCUUUUUAGCUAUGUUCAUAUUACUGUCUGUUCUUACUAGUCUGUUGUACUAUAUGUGAAUUAAUAGGCUGUGGUGCCAUAUAUUAACUUUUAAUCGUGUAACUUUUAUGUUUAAAGUUUGCACUGCAAUUUUAUUUGGUGAUAAGCACAAAUCUCUACUCCUCAUGACAUGAAGAAAAAAGACUGAAUGUGAAGGGAGUUUAUUGUACUGUAAGCUAUGUUGAGUAAUACAGGAUGUAACAGAUUAUGUUAUAUGAUUUUCCAUUGGGGUGUAGGACUAUGUAGAAGAUGAAAAGGAAAAUUGAUGUUGUCAAAGGCUUAUUUGAACAUCAGGGAUUAAUUCAAUAAAAAAAAAAAGCAAGAUGGCUGCUUUUACUGUUUUAAAAAGUGUAUGGGGUUCAAAAGAAAGGUGUUCAAAAAGAAAGGAGUGAAUAUAUAUAAAAUAUUCAUGUAGGUAUGAUAUACUGAAAUUGAUGAAAAAAAUAAGGUUAUCUGGAGUGUCAGUUUUUACCUGCCCAAAUAUGAUUGAACAAUAUGUGAUUUAAUAUAAACAAAAUAAAUUAAGGUGUUUCACUAAAGCUGUAUUUAUAUUACAGUUUUAAAGCAUUUUAUGAAUUGCCAUAAUUAAUCUCUCCAACCCAUUAAGUCAAAAUAUGAUGUGAAGUUCCCCAAGGAAACAAAUAAUAUAAACUCUGGAAUAUCUAUCAAGUAGUUAAAGAUGUAAUUUAUCACUAGAUCAUACUCAGGCUUCUUCCAAAUAAGAAAUAUGUUAUAAUGUCUUGUUUCAUCUUUAUAAUACAUGCACAGUACACUAGAGGAUAGAGCUGCAUCACUGAAAUUCAUAACUUUUUAACAAUGCAAUUUACAUAAAAAUAUGUUUUAUUUAAUUAAGAAGUAAAAUGUAUUCCACCAAACUUGUAGUAGGAUUAUAAGUGCUUGAAAAGCAGUGCUAAGAGUAUGUUCAUUUCAUGGUAAGUAGAUUUCUUGAAAUAAAGCUGAACAUUUUCAAAAAUUGGCUCCCAACCAAAAAGUAUAGUUGAUCCACUUUUAUAAGUGAAUUGAAAAAAAGAGAUUAACAAGAAAACAGUGCAUGUUUAUAUUCUUUUUGUAUAAAGCCAAACCUUGUAAGUGGACAUUAAUAACAGCAUCCUGCUUUGUCAUUUGUUUUCAUGACUCAAAAUAAUAUUUUUCUGCAACUCAAGAAUGAAGAAAAUUAUUAAAAUUUUGAAAUAUCUAUUAGUUGUUAUAUAAAAAUCAAUCAAAGCAAAGUUAUCUUGAAAUUCUCAGUUUUAAAGUUUGCCCACAUGGCAUGUUGACAUUUUUAGAGUCUGCUUAGGUCUAUCCUUUGUCAUUACUCUCCAAGAGGAUUCACUGUUCCUUUCAACAAAAAGUUUGGCGCCAGCUCUGCAACAAGAAGACUUUUUAAGUCCACACUUAAAUAUAUUGUUGGCUUUAAUUCCCCUACUUCUACUUCUCAUUAUAUUAGCAGAGUAGUUGGCAUAGUCAAAUUUAUUUCUUCUCUUUACUUUUCCUAAACCCGUACCAAUAUAGGCAAACAUUAGGAACCAAGCUGUGCUUUGGGGGGUGAAGAAACAUCUAUUCUUCACUACAUACCAGUGACUCCACAAUGGGCAGUAAACAGAGUUCAAGUUCACUUUUGGACAUACCCACAUCAUCCUACCCAGAUCAGUGUCUGCAUCAGUGUCUGCAACUUUAAUGAGUUUUAUUUUCCUUCUGAUAUGAAAGAGUAUCUGAUAAAAGUGUGAGCACUGUGUUGGCAAUGAUAAUAUAAACAUCCAGAGACCGUAAGGCAGAGAGAUUUCAGACUAUGGUAUUUGCAAUGCCAGAUUUGAGUGUCUUCAACCACUCAAUUUAAAACUUUUCAGCCUCAGAGUUUGGUUCAUAUCUCUGAGUAGUGUGUUAUUUUAGUCAAAUGCAUGUAACCUAUUCACAGUAGCUACUAAAAACACCCUUAUCUGCUCAGCUGACAUAAAUUUAAGGGCUUGGGCUAGAAAUGAGUGGUUGUUAACGACUGGAUGUAUAAGUUUAUACAGUAUACUUAGCUGAAUGCCUUAUCAGAAUGGUCUAUGUUCCUUGUUAUCCCCACAUCUAGCUAAAUUGGUCUUAAAUUACUUACAAAAUGGAGAGUGUAUUUUACCAAGAUAUGGCCUACAUACUGACAUACAAUGAUAUUAUAGUUAUCAAAUGGAAUUCAGCAAUAAUAUCAAAAAUCAAAAAACCAUUAUUCAUCUUGCUAAAUAUAAGAAGUCAAAUAGGAUGUAAGCCAAGACAUCAAAUCAAAUGUAUAAACAUUCGUUACUAACUGCAAAGUUUACUUUUCCUUGUCGACUGUCUUAGUAUAGUUAGAAUUUCAUUACACUCAGUUCUCUGUUCCAUAAGUCACAGAGCAAAUACAUGUAAAUCUAUAAAUUGAAGGCCUCCACAGGUUUAUGUGGAUGUAGGGAGUAUCAUCCCACUUUGAAGUCAAGGAUAAUGCUACCUCACAGCCACUUCUGCAUAAGCACAAUAUUAUUUAGUUUGAAGAACUCCUUUUUAUGAAAUGCCUGUGACUGUCAGAGCAAAUGCUCAUCUUUGGCUCUGUAUUUAUGUUGUAGAUACAGUACUUCUGUUCUAAAUCUUUUCUAUACCAUUUUAAAGUGGAGAUAGAAUAGCAUUGGUGCCAACGCAAUGAGCUACAUGAAAUCACUCCAUUGAUUAUGAGUCCAACUCAAAAAGAGAAUGAAAGUAGGAAGCAUAGAAGGGUAAUUGAGUUCAGCACUGGUGUAAUAAAGGUUAAAUAAUAGACCAGGAAAAUAAAAGCAUUAGACUUUUCAUUCACUUCCAUAUUAUAUGGUGAAGACCCACCCAUAGAGAUGUUAUAAUAAUAUCUUCUGGUGUAGGGGGGAAGUUGGAUCAGAUGACCUCUACAGUCUCUCCCAACUCUAUGAUUCUAUGAAAUUUAUUAAUAUAUAACUUCAUAUUUUGUUGUUCUAAGAAUUUCAAUUAGUCUUCAGUGGGUGUUGAGUUAAAGUUUAUGUUUAGCUUUGGUGGAACACCUUUCAAUUUCUGUCAAAAAUUUAUACUAUUAUCUCUUGGCAACAUAAUCAUAACCAUCACUAUUAAUUUCAGAUAUGUGAUUUAUCUGCUCCAAUGGGAAGUGAUUGUGUGUGUCAGUAUUGAAGUUGUACAGGACUAUGAUAUUCACUAACUUGUUCAUCUGCCUCUAUAUUUUGCUUCUGAAAUGACAUGACAAGAAUUUGGUAUAUAUAACAACAUGUUAUAACAACAUUACAUGAAGUGUACUAUUUUCUUUUCUAAUAUUUGUACUUAAAACAAACCAUAGUACAAUCCCAAUAUGAUUUAAUUUGCUAUUUCUUUUUUUAUUUCAUUUUGAUCCAGGCCAUUGAUUGUGAAUUUAUCAUGUUUUAAGAUGAGGGAUGUCGUGGCAGCACUUAGACUUUUUUAUAUUUGUUUUUCUAGAUUUAUUUUUGUCUAUAGUUUGUUCAAGCCACCAAAACAAACCCCAACUAUUAAUGUGUUGCAUUGGUAUUGUUAGUACAGCAAAGUUAAAUUGGCAUAAGAAGUUGGUUACUAGUACUGUCAAAAAAUUGUGUAUUGUAUAUUUACUGGGGAAAAAUAAAACAUUCACAUUUCAAA